UGUGUAGCUCACUAGCGAGCAGUGUAGUGCCCAACUAGCAAAAAAAGCUUUCUCUAUAAAAGGACAGUAGACUUCUGUAGCUAACUGAAUUCCACACACAGAAUUCUUCACACAGCAGCAACAGUGUUCUAAGUCAAGCCAUGCCACCAGUAAAGCUCGAGGUAUCAGAUGCGACCAUCACACCGUCUAGUGAUGCCAAGCCAAAGGAGCUCAAUAAGUGUAACCAGCUAGAGCUGAAGGGUCUGGAGUCUAUCGCCCCUCUGGUGCGGUCCGUGGAGGAGACCCCAGAGCCCAUCGCCACAGAGUUGUGUGGGACCAUCCCAACCUGGAUCCGAGGCAGCCUCCUCCGCAACGGCCCAGGGAAGUUUGAGUUCGGAAACCAACACUACAACCACUGGUUUGAUGGGAUGGCCAUGCUGCACCAGUUUAAGAUUGAGGAUGGCAAGGUGACCUACAGGAGUCGCUUUCUGCAGAGUGAUGCUUACAAGAAGAACAGCGAGAGGAACCGCAUCAUGGUGUCAGAGUUUGGCACAGUGGCCAUGCCCGACCCCUGCAAGAACUUCUUCCUGCGUUUCCUCUCUCGCUUCGAGAUGAUAGAGGCAACGGACAACGCCAGUGUUAGCUUUGUAAAGUACAAGGGAGACUGCUUUGUCAGCACUGAGACCAACUACAUGUACAGGGUGGACCCAGAGAGCCUGGAGACACAGAAUAAGGUGGACUGGACAAAGUUUAUUGCUGUGAAUAUGGCCACUGCGCAUCCCCACACUGAACCAGACGGCACUACGUACAACAUGGGCAACUCUUAUGGCAGAAAAGGUGCCUUGUAUAACAUAAUCAAAGUGCCCCCUAUGAAGAACAACCCUGAGGAAACCCUGGAGGGGGCCAAAGUGCUGUGCUCUAUUGUCCCUGCAGACAAGGCCAGGCCCUCCUACUACCACAGCUUCGCAAUGUCAGAGAACUAUGUGGUGUUCAUAGAGCAGCCUAUCAAGAUGGACCUACUGAAGAUUGUCACAGCUAAACUGAGGGGAAAGGGAAUCAGUGAGGGGGUCUACUGGGACCCCAAACAAGAUACUGUCUUUCACCUGGUAGACAAACACACGGGACAGACCAGCUCAGUAAAGUUCCACACCAAGGCUCUGUCAGUGUUCCACCAGAUCAACGCUUAUGAGGAAGACGGCUUCCUGAUGCUGGACAUGUGUUGCUCUGAUAAUGGAGAGGCAAUCAACAACUACCUCAUCCAGAACCUACGCAAGUCAGGGGAGGCUCUCGAUCAGGCCUACAACACCAUGCACAGAGCGUUCCCCCGGCGCUUUGUUCUGCCCCUCAAUGUGACCAACGACACACCGACAGGUGUGAACCUCAACACACGUCCCGCCAGCUCUGCCACUUCUAUCAAAACAGCCAUAGAUAAGGUGGUGUGCCAGUUUGAGGAUCUUCAUGGAGAGGACCUUUAUGAGUACGGAGGCCUGGAGUUCCCCCAGAUCAACUACAGCAAGUUCAACACGCGGCCCUAUCGCUACUUCUACGGCUGUGGCUUUAGGCACCUGGUGGGAGACUCACUCCUCAAGAUUGACCUGGAGGGAAAGAAAGUCAAGGUGUGGUACCAGAAGGGUUUGUUCCCCUCAGAGCCUGUUUUCGUUCCCUCGCCGGACGCCGUGGAGGAGGACGAUGGGGUCAUCCUGUCCGUGGUGGUCACGCCCACUGAGAAUAAGAGUACAUUCCUCCUGGUUCUGAAUGCCAAGACAUGGGAGGAGCUGGGGAGAGCCGAGGUGCCUGUCAAUAUUCCCUACGGUUUCCAUGGUACCUUCAACCCGACUGCCUAGAUCAGCAUUACUGACCUAACAAUCACCCAUGCCUUCCUCCCUCAGAUUAUUUUGUGACCAAUAGAAAUUAAUGGUAAAUAAUGUAGUGUGUCAUUAUGGAGUCACUUUUAAUGUAAAUAAGAAUAUAAUAUGUUUCUAAUCACUUCUACGUUACAUGUUAAAAUGUGGAUGCUACCAUGAUUACAGAUAAUCCUGAAUAAAUUGUGAAUAAUGAUAAGUGAGAAAGUUAGAUGCAGAAAUAGCAUACCUCCCCCCCAAAAAAAUAUAACCUCCUCUGUUAUUGUAAUGGUGAGAGUCUUUUUGUGUGUCUUUUGUGUCUGUAACUUUCUCACUUGUCAUUAUUUACGAAUCAUUCAGGAUUUUCCAUUUUCACGGUAGCAUCCACAAUAAUGUACAAUGGAAGUGUUUAGAAACAUUCUAUUCUUAUUUCCAAUAAAAGUGACUCCAAAAUGACCAUACAUUAUUUACCAUUCAAGUAUUUACCAUUUUUCGCAGAAAGAUCUUACAGUGCUGAGAUUGUUGUAUGCCCUAUAUAUAUAGCAUGAAAUUGGUGGCAAUAAUUUUGUAUAAUAAUUUUAUUUGAAAAAGUCAGUCUUGAAUCAAAUUUCGUUUUUUUGUGUCAGUUCAUAUACCAUGUUUCAUGGAAUCGGUACAUCAAAAAUCUCUUCCCAUUUAUUUUGCAACCUGUAUGGCGCAGGGUCAACAUUUUUGCCCUCAAAUGAAACUGGUAUAUUUUUUCUAUUUAUGCCAAUCAUUUUCAGCCAAUUUUGUAUCCUUAGUAUAUGGCAGACAAACAAGUUCCAAACAUUCCCCCUCUUCCCCUUGCCCUUGGUAAUGUUGCAAUCAAUUGGUUGUAACUUUGCAUUGAGCAGACAUUCCCAUAUAUUUUUGAUAGCUGCAUAUGUUACUUAACUCCACUAUCUCUAUUCAUAAUAUCAAUAAUAAAUAUAAUACCAUUUAAAACAUUUUUUCCAUAAAGAACGUUUUUUUUAAAUUAAUCAGUAUUUGAGUUUAACCAUAAUAUUUGUUUUGUCUUUUCUGGAGGUAAAAUUGAAAUUGUAACCAGCUUUGUAUGGCUUGUUUAUAAAAGGGCACACUUUAAACAAAGUUUCAUUUUCAAUUAGUCGGAAAUGAGAAGUUGUAAUCUGUAUAAAGGGCAUUUUUGAACAAAGGAUUAACCUUUCUUAAUAAUCUACUGGAAAACCAUUUUGGUUUUAAGUGUAAUCUAUGUAUGAGUGAAGCUUUUAGUGAGAGGUUUAAUGCUUUAAUAUUUAAUAUUUUUAGCCCCCUAAACACAUUAAUUAUUUUGUCUGGUUUAGCUUUCCAAAUUAAGUGAACUAUUUGUCGCUCAUAUGAUUUUAAAAAUACAAGUCGCCUGGAGUAGGCAAUGCCACUAUUAAGUAAACUGUGAUAGAACCAAAGAGUUAAUACAUGUGAUUUAUAGUUGCAGAAUCUUAUCUAUUUUUGCAAACUUUCUAUUGAAAUUGGUUGUGGUAAGUUAAUUUAUAUUUUUUGAGAUAUGAAUACCAAGUAUGUCUACUUCAUCUUCCACCCAUUUUAUUAGCAAACUACAAUUUAGUGUAAAAACUUACUUUUAACGAUCUUAUACGUAAUCUGGUACACUUUUCAUAAUUAGGUUUUAGUCCAAAGAGGCUAGAAAAGUGAUCAAGAUCUUCAAUGAGACUGUGCAGGGAUCCAGAUUGCAGACCUAAGCGAGAACUUGAGUCAUCGGCAUACAUUGACACAUUUUUAUUUUUAACCCCUAGAUUUCUAACCCCUCAGUGUUCUUGUUGGAUCAAAUUUUAAUAGCUAGCAUUUCGAUGGCCAUAAUAAAUAUAUAUAGAGACAAUGGACAGCCUUUUACUCCUCUUAAAAGCUCAAUACUUUCUAAGUAACCAUUGCUGUACAUAACUUUAACCCAAUGUAUAUGAGAUUCACUGAAAUUAAAGUAAUCCAGGCUCCUUUUCGAAAUGAGAGAGACUGUAAGUGUGCCCAUUCACUACAACACAUAUCCAUGUUCAAGUAACUUCAAUCAAUCGUUCUAGAUCAGAAUACGUCAUGGAAUUUAGUUUCAAAAAGUUCAUAAAACAUUAAACAGUUAAGUAUUUACAAUUUAAGAAGACCAUAUGGGUGGUGAUGUCACUUUAUUACUUUAAGUAACUUUAAGUAUUGAACACUGAAAUACUCUGAGUUGGGUUACUCAAACGGUUCUAGGCAACUGGUUUCCACAUAAAAUAAUUGUUUGCAGAACUAAUUACUUUAUACAGUGCAGAAUCUGAUGCCUUAGUUUACAUUAAGUUACGCAUGCAUAUCCACUAACAAUCUUGUAUUUUUUGUCAAUUUUAUACAAAUAGCUUUUCUAUGUUCUUGUGGUACAUUUCUAAUAAAAAGUGAUACUAUAAAAGUU